AUGUUAACUCAAAAAAUCUUUAAACCAACAGCAAGCACUACCAUUACCUACUUAGUCGUCCGGAGUGUGUUUUCAGGUAUAAACGUUUUUCUUUACCUUUCACUACCUUCAGCUCCAGUUAAAAAGUUUUACAAGAAUGUAUCCAUUUCUCAAGUGGUACCUGCCGGACAGAGUGACAUGCAUUACGAAGUGCUGCUCGAUCAGCGGAAACUUCGAACUCCUGGCGGACAACCAUUCUUAGUGCCGAAUGAAAUAUUGGCUCAUGCAGUUGCCCAAGAAUGGGAUAGUCAAAAGGAUCAUAUCAAAGGACACACUAUGCACUUUACGACCCUAUGCAAUCGGGUACUGGAUUGGCAAGAGCUCGCGGAUCCCGCCGCAGUGGUUCAAGGAAUUAUGCAGUUCGCUGACACCGACACAAUCUGCUUCCGAUGUGAUGAACCGGACGACCUUGUCACCAUGCAGCGUUCUUCUUGGGACCCAGUCUUGCAAUACGUGGUCGAGCGUUAUUCCAUCACACCAAUGAUAACUAAGAGCCUUGUCGGUUCCACUGUCAUGUCUCCGAGGGAUCGGGACGUUCUGACUCGACACUUCCUUAGUUAUAAUCCUUGGGGGUUGGUCGGCUUGCAGUCCUGUGUUGAAAACCUGAAAUCAGUCUUUCUUGCGCUGGCUGCUGUCGAUGGAUUUUGCUCGGCAUCGAAAUCCGUUGAACUCAGUCUUUUAGAACAGCUGUUCCAGGUUCAACGGUGGGGCGAAGUACUCUCUCAUCAUGACAUCGAGAUGGUGGAGUUGAAAGCCCGCGUCUCGGCAUCUGUGUUCCUAGUUAUCGUGAGCCAUUGUCGGAAACAUGUGAAGAGCAGGGUAGAUCUGGCCGCUAUAAGACACUUGGACGGUCAGGAUUAG